AUUGUAUAUAUAUAUAUAUUUUAGCUUGGAGUCUGAGCCUCUUCAGGAGAACCUUAAUGAUGAAUUUCUGUGUCCUGAUUCACCUUUAAUUAUCGAAAGGGAAGAUCGACGAAAGGCAAAUCCAUUACCAUCUGGCAGAACAAUUUGCAAUAUGUCUUUUGUAAUAGUGCAGGCUAGGACAUUAGAGCAACAUUCCCUAAAUUGUAAAUUUGGAGGAUCAUUUAUUUUUAACAAAGUGAUUCGACGUGGUCUUGUCACUACAUAUAACUAUGUAUGUGAUAAAAUUUUUAGCAUCAUGGAAAUUCCGUAUAUGAGCAACUCGACCUUUGCUUCUUGUGAGCGAACUACUGGCAAAAUAAUACAGGGAUGUGCACAGGAAACUAUGUGUGCUGCUAUAGAAGAGGAGAAAAGGCAGGCAGAACUUCGCAAUGAUAAAGAUAAUGAUGGUUAUCACUGUAUAACUGUCAUUGUUGAUGGAGGUUGGUGUAAAAGAAGCUAUGGGCAUGGUUACAAUGCUUCAAGUGGCAUAUCUGUUAUUAUAGGCAUGGUCACCCAGAAAAUUUUGUUUGUUGGAAUUCGCAACAAAGUGUGCCUUAUAUGCAGUGCUAUUGAAGAUGGCAAGAUGCCAAAUAAAGUGCACCUUUGUUGGCGAAAUUGGAAUGGGCCUUCUACAGGUAUGGAAAGCAGUGCCAUUGUGGAAGGUCUGAAUUAUCUCCAGUGUGUUCACAAAAUACGUUGUACUCGACUUGUUGGAGAUGGAGAUGCUAACACAAUGGCCAAAGUGAAAGAAAGCGUUUCAUAUGGAGGACGGGUGAUCAAAGUAGAAUGUGCUAACCAUGCUGUUCGAAGAUAUCGCAGAGCUCUUGAGAAACUUCAGCAAAAUACUGCGCGCUUCCCCGGGGCUAAAGGAAUUGCUGCCCGUAAAUUGCUGAAAAUUAAAAUGCCACUGUUAGUCAGAGGUGCUAGAGUAGCUAUAAAAGCUCAUGCUUUACCUAGCCAUUAUCAGCACACACAAGAAGCUAUUGAUGCAUUAGUAUCUGACUUGAGAAAUGGGCCACAUCAUAUAUUUGGCAAGCAUGAUGCUUGUAGUGCUUUUUGUGCAAAGAAAGGUGCAGAGUUGGACAGCACAUACAAUGAAAUUUUUUCCUCGGGUAUGUUGCAAGCUAUUGAAGCAGAAGUGGGAAGAGUACUGAUAUCGUGUAGCAGUACUCUUAUUUGGAAUGCCACAAAUAAUCCUGCUGAAAGCUUCAUGAGUCAACUGUGUAAAACAUCUGGUGGAAAAAGAGUUGAUUUUUCCAAAGCUGGUGGCAUGAACAGGCGUGCGAGUAUUGCUGUCAUGGCCUAUCAAAAUCCAGCACAGCAGUGGCAAAAAAAAUGCACAAAAAGCUGUAACAGGAAGUAGCCCCAGGACUCCAACUUUGAAAUUCUUAG